CUGCUUUUUGUCACAAGCUUUCAUACACAAUUCUCCACAGCUUCAUAGCCCAAAGCAAGAAAGACCUGUGGAGACUUGGUGUCCCUUGGGUACUGAAUGCUGCACAUUUUGCAUACGGACGCAAAGGGGACCAAACAUUCCGUGGCCAGAAAAGUCAUUGUUAUGGAAUAUCUGCAGAAGACUUUCACCUUGGUACGCAUUUCUGUACCACCUCUGAGUACAUUCACAAGGCCAAAUGGUGAUAUUGUCUCCAUGGUAAGAGGGAGGAUAGCAGCAUCCUGAAAGAUAUGGAGUGGCCCACAAAACUACAUCCAAGUCAGUGUCAAGGAUCACACAUGGCCCACUGUAGUGACCGGAGUGUAUCUUCUGUAACAGAAGAGAAAAAAAAAAGCUGUCUCUGAGACAAACCGAGUGUGUGCAAGAAAGGAGCAAGAUGCCUUACACCAGAGAUGACUCUUCCCCAACCAGCAGUGCAGGUAGCCCAGAUUCCUAUGAAACACCAGCGCUAGCAGACCUCCAGCGGCUGAUUUGGUUCAGAGGAGGGUUGGAUAAUCACGUGGACCAAGUCUGGCCAAACAUUUACCUGGGAGAUGCGUGGGCUGCUAGGUGCAAAACUACUCUUCAAAGCCUCAACAUUACUCACAUCCUUAAUGCAGCAGAUGGGCCAUACAGUAUCAACACGGGAGCCAGAUAUUACAAAGAUCUGCAAAUAGAGUACUUCGGAGUAGAAGCAUUUGAUGAUCCUUCCUUUGAUUUAAGUAUCUUCUUCUACGACGCUGCCAAUUUCAUUGGCAAAGCCUUAAACACUUCAGGAGGUAAAGUGUUCGUGCAUUGUGCCAUAGGGGUAAGCCGCUCUGCAUCCUUAGUGCUUGCCUUUUUGAUGAUCCAUGAAAACAUGACACUUGUGGAUGCUCUGAAAACAGUGGGUUCUCACAGAAACAUCUGCCCAAACACAGGGUUCCUCAGCCAGCUCCGAGACUUGGACAUUAAAUUAAAUGAAGAGAGGAAAGGAAACAGAGAAUCUGCUGGCAAAGAGUUGUAAGAAAGUAUUCCUAAAAGAAAGAAAGAAGACAAAACAUUACUUGAGUUUCCUAAAUCUCUUUCAAAUGAAUUACGAUUGCAAACUAAGGAUGUUUAAGAUACACUAGAAUGCAUGUUAUUAGUAAAAGUACAUUUUACUUGAUCUUCCCAUUUUGCAACACCAUCCUAGAUUAUACUUACAGUUGAUUGUGUAUUGUAUCCUUCACUCUCCACCUUAAAACAUUGCUCUGCUGGUUUAAAAAAAAAAAGAAAAGAUAUCAGGUUCCACUUCAGAAAUAGCUGCAUUUCAGCAAGGAGUGAAGCUCAUAUCACUUUAUGAAGUGUUAGGCUAUUUGAGGUGAAAGAUGCCAUAUUAUUUAUGCUACAAUAAUGCUCAGAAGUUUUCUUAUGAAUCAGCCUUCCCCCCCACCCCCUUUGCUUUCCAUAUCUAAAAUGGUUUAUAUUUUGAGACUUGAAUCUGGCAGUAGUUAAUUCUUGCUUUUACAAUUGGUGGAGCCCCUGAGUUGACGGUAAAGAGUCUGCUUAGAGGCAGAGCAGCUGGAAUACAACACAAGCCACUCUUAAAGAGAUGAUUCCAAGUCUAUUUACAGUGAUUUCCUUUUGACUGUUCAUCAAAUAAUCGUUUUUUUCCUCCAUGAAAAAAUCUUUGUUCAAGAGGGCACUCAAAUCCUCUUCAUCUUCCCUACUAAAUUCAUCCAGGAGGUGCCGUGGAAAUUGCUUCUGAAGAGGAAAGUGGGUUCCAAGCUGAGGCUCCGAAUAGCCACAUGGGCAGUGGGAUUAGGUGCAGGAAGGAAUGUGACAACAAAGUUCAAGGGAUCCCAAAUCUGUCUGGCAGUUCAACAUCAUAAAACUCAUGAUUUUCUUUCUCAGAAAUAAAGGCCAUUAGCAUUGCAACAUCAUGUUCUGUGGCAUUUGCUUUUGUGAGGGGACUCAAGUGAAAACUGAAGGGACACAGGAACAGCAAGGGAGGUGCUGACAGGCAUCAGACUUUCAUCUUUGUGUCUCUGGGCCACCAUAGGAGUGCUCAAUAGCUACUGUCAUCUGAUGGAUCAGUGCUGCCUGGAAACUAUGAGAGGCACAUCUGGCUCUUGGUUCCCAGUGGACAAAUGUUCAGAGCACAGAGCCAG